AACAACAAACAAGAUUAGUCUUUAAACUCCAACCUUCCAAUCCAAGUACACAUGAAAACGCACAUCAAAUGUCCAUAUUUGCUGCCAAGAUAGUUUUGCCCAAAUAUCUCGCCCAAAAUUGGCGAGUACAGUUGAGACUUGAGACUGUAUUUCAGUGAAUUUGUUCAUUCUCCCAUUUCCCCAAAUUCUAUCAUCUCUUUGAACUGUUGAAGAUUAGCAAAGGACUCGAUUCAUAGCUGUCUUUGGUGAAAUUUAGCAACGUGUAUUUGUACAUGGCGACCAUGCCAUGUGGAACGUUUGUCCCUUAUUGUGGUCUGCAGAGUCUGACACCUGGAAUGUAUAGUACUACAAGCUCGAAUUGGUUGUCUUCACAAUGUUGCGCAAGCAAUGGACUUUUGGCUUCAUCAUGCUCAACCAUCUUUUCUCCUGAUUGUUCGCACACAUUUUUAAGCUCAAGGCAACAUAAAGACUCAUAUGAUUUCAAGCGAUCCCAUCCCCACCUCAUAGUCAGAGCUGGAAAGAAUUACUAUUCUGUCCUUGGUGUUGCAGAAGAUGCUAGGAAGCCUGAAAUAAAAACUGCUUAUAAAAGGCUUGCUCGGACUUACCAUCCUGAUGUAAACAAAGAUCCAGGAGCAGAACAGAGAUUUAAGGAAAUUAGUAAUGCCUACGAGGUGUUGUCAGAUGAGGAGAAGCGUUCCAUAUAUGAUAGGUAUGGAGAGGAUGGUCUUAAAGGUGGCCCAAGCAUGGGGGGGGGCUUCAGCAGCAUCUUUGAUGAAUUACUCAACAACUUUGAUGGAAUGGGUAUGGGAGGAAACUUUCGGAACGGAUAUUCAGAGGGUGAGGACCUGGCUUACAGUCUUCGGCUUGACUUUAGAGAGGCCGUGUUUGGGGUAGAUAAAGAUAUUGAGAUAAGUAGGCUCGAAGAUUGUCCCACCUGUGAAGCCACGGGAACCAAACCAGGCUCUAAGUCUUAUAUUUGCAAAACAUGCAACGGAAAUGGGCAGCUUAUAUCUUCAAUAAGGACACCUUUUGGUAUAGUUCAGCAGGCACUCUCCUGCCCUGAUUGUGAUGGAAUGGGUGAGCGCAGUACCCCCUGCAAUAAAUGUCGUGGUGAUGGACGAAUGAAAAAACCCAAGAAAAUUACUGUAAAUGUCCCUGCCGGAGUAGAUACCGGGAACAAGAUAAGGUUUCAAAGCGAGGGUAAUUCCGGGAGAAAAGGUGGGCCACCUGGUGAUCUGUUUGUUGUGUUUGAAGUUCGUGAGGAUCCCGUUUUGAGAAGGGAUGGAAAUAAUAUCCUAUAUACUUGCAAGGUUUCCUACCUAGAUGCAAUUAUGGGAACGGUAAAGAAAAUUCCGACAGUUGAUGGAAUGUCUGAUCUGAAUAUUCCUCCUGGUACCCAACCUAAUGUGACAUUGUUGAUGACCAAAAAGGGAGUCCCCUUUGUAAAUAAGAAGAGCAAAAGAGGUGACCAACUGGUGAAAGUGCAAGUUGAGAUACCGAAAAAGCUGAAUGAUGAAGAGAGGAAGCUUAUCGAGGAGCUCAUCAACCUCAACAAGGCCAAAGUUCCAAGCAGCUAAACUACUAGUUGUGUCUGCAUGCUGGGUUCGUGUGGUAGGAUAGUGGAAUCAUACAGUAAAUAUGAUGAAGUAUUUUCCUAUGCAGAAAUGAAGACAAAUGAUUGCUUAAAACUUCUUCAGCUCAUACGUGAAAUGUGAUUUUCCUAUGCUGGUGAUGAUAGCCAGGGGUCCUUUUGGUGUUGUUCCGAUCAUACUUUACAUAUCUCGAUUCAUCAACUUCUGUUGUUAGAUGUAAGCUAAAAACUGCGAAAUUGGUUGCUGUGGGAUGAUUUUUUAUCAACACUUACAGAUCAGAUUUUGAAGGCUUCAACUGCUCUUUUUAUCAGGAGGCCUGUUGGAGUAAAGGGGAAAAUGGUAAACCUCCAUAUGAAGACUUGAACCCUGCAUUGACAUUUUUCUUGUGAUUUGUGGAACUAGUAUUUUCUGGAAAAGAAUAUAAAAAGAAAAAUUCUUUCGUUAAAUUUCAUUUUUGUAUUGAGUGAAAAGUUCCCUCAAUCUCUUGAAAUACAUUUAUAUUUAUAUUUAUAUUUAUAUA